AUGGUCCUUGCAAUGCUCCCGAGUCUCUGGGAUUUGACGACGUCACAUCAAGAUCGAUCAGCAGCUCUAAAGAAGAGCGGUAAUGGCCACAAGAACUGUCGUUUCGGCUCCAAUGUUCAGCCACACCUGAAGAUCGGAUUAGAUAAACAAGUACCAGAGAUCCCCAACGUUGGCGCACAAGUUGAUGAGAAUCAAGGGGUGCACCACGGCAACUUGCAAGAGCUAGCGGCCAGCCACAAGCCACAAGCGGGACCGCGGGAAGCUCGUCUACCCGGUACGCAGCCGGCCACGAGCUGGCUGGAACAUUCUCCGAACGCGAGGGCCAACCCGGAAACAGGUCAGAAUAGUCGUUCUUUUGGGUAA